AUGCGAUGAGUCUGCUCUGCUCUGCUCCUGGACUGCACUUGGAGGGCGUGAUCGUGUUCUUUGCGAACCAAGAAAAAAAAAAUGUGGAUGUUUGGUUGCAGGGGACCAUCUGGAUUCUCAGCCACUUCCACUGCGGAGCAAGUUACUGAAGGAAUCGAUGGAAACGGUCUCACUGCCAUCGUCACAGGGGCAUCCAAUGGUCUUGGUCUUGAAACGACCCGAGUUCUAGCAUUGCGUGGCGUCCAUGUGGUUAUGGCAGUAAGGAAUGUGGACUCUGGUAUGAGCGUCAAAAACAAAAUGCUCGAGGAAAUGCCUUCUGCCAAAAUUGAUGUCAUGAAGUUAGAUCUUAGCUCAAUGGCGUCAGUAAGGAAAUUCGCUGCAGAUUACAAUUCCUCUAGUCUGCGUCUUAAUAUCCUAAUUAAUAAUGCAGGAAUCAUGGCUGCCCCCUUCACACUUUCUGAAGACAACAUUGAGUUGCAGUUUGCAACCAAUCAUGUAGGUCAUUUUCUCUUAACAAACCUUUUAUUGGAAACUAUGAAGAAAACUGUGCACGAAUGCAAGCGGGAGGGAAGAAUAGUUAUCGUAUCAUCGAAGGCACACAGAUUUGCAUAUAAAGAGGGAAUUUGUUUUGAUAAGAUCAAUGAUGAAUCAGGAUACAACAGUUAUCUUGCUUAUGGACAAUCAAAGCUUGCUAAUAUUUUGCAUGCAAAAGAGCUUUCAAGACGCUUGAAGGAAGAAGAAGUGGAAAUAACUGUUAACUCCCUUCAUCCAGGGACGAUUGUAACAAAUAUUCUUCGGUAUCAUGGUUACUUUAAUGCCGUUGCUGGCGCAGUGGGGAAGUUCUUCCUUAAAAAUGUGCAGCAGGGAGCUGCAACUCAAUGUUACGUGGCAUUGCAUCCACAAGUCAAGGGAGUAUCUGGUGAAUACUUUAUGGAUAGCAACAAGGCAAAACCAAGCUCUCUGGCUACAGAUUCAGAAUUGGCCAGAAAACUCUGGGAAUUCAGUUUGAGCCUGACAGAUCCAAAGUAGUCGUAAAGAAAAAGAAUCAGGAGGAUGUAAUGUGAUGUAAUAUAGUGUAAUCGGGGGUGAGAAAACUAUAUCCGACUGUUUCUAGGUGAGAAAACUUUGUAGAACAUGACAAGUUUCUGGCCAUUAGAAAUUUCAACGUGUGGUGUUGUUCCUAUGACCCAAA